UAUCUGUCUCCAGGCUGCCCGCGCUGCACCACCCUGUUGGAAAUGAUGAAACACUGGUGACUGACUACAGUGACAGAGGGACUUCCGGGUGGGGUUGAAGGGUGAAGUUGUUUCCACCAGGACCUCGCUGAAACAUAGGCUGGGCUCAGACCUUGCCCCUGGCACCAGAGAUGACUCCUCACCACCUGGGGUAAGGCCCCUGACAUGGCGGCCAGAGCCAGAGGGGAUCCAAAGAAGAUUUCUCUGAUACCCAGGAUAAAGGUAUCCAGGAGGAUCCUGUUGGCUACCCUAUCUGUGGUUCCUCCCAGACCUCUGUGUGCUGCCCCUCAAAAAGGCUGAACACCACUACAACCAGUGGCUGCAAAUCAGAAGCUCAGCAUGAGCUUGACAGGAGCAAUGGAGCUCUGGCAUGGCCUCGUGAUCGCAGUGGUGUCCCUCAUGCUCCAGGCCUGCCUCCUCAUUGUGACGGGUUACCUGCUCAGCCAGCGCAUAGGCCAGCAGAGUGAACGAAUGCUCAAAGAGGCCAGGCUGCAGGCCCAAGGGUCUGGCCCUGCCCACCAGCCCCUGCUGGUUGCUAAGGAGACCACGGAGACUUGGACAGAGAGAAGCACCCCCGUGUCUGUUCCCCAUUACAGGCGUGAGAGCAGUACAUCCUCAGAUAGCUCAGACAGCUCGGACAGCAAAGACAGCUCCCCUCCCAGCUGCCAGGUCACCAAGGAUGUGAAUUAUACACAAGUGGUUUUUUCGACCCCUGGAGUACGAAACAGGGAAUUUGCCCUGGACUAUGAGAACAUAAAGGAAGCCACAGAUUAUGUCAAUGUCAAUCCACAAAGCCUCAAGCCUAAUUUCUGGGCAUUUUCAAACCCUACUGUUUCUGAGCCAGUGGAAUAUACUCAAGUGGUUACAUGAAUUUUAGGUGUUUUUUUUUUUUUUUUUUAAAAAUGAAGAUGCAAUUCUCUAUUGAUUAUUAGAUUUAUUUUGUAUGGGAAUUCCUUUAAAUAAAAAAAGGUAUAGAGAAAAAAAUAGAUCUGGCCCCAGCAAGAAGACUCCAGAUCAGAUGUUAGGAAGAACUGCCAAGUAAAGUCUGGAAACACUGGCACACAGCAGCAGAGGACGUGAUGAGGUCUUUUAAAAAGUUUUAAUCAGCUGCAAUGAAGUUCUAUUUGGUGGUCUUAAGGUUACAUGACUUCUCUUUGAUUAUUUGCCAUAAAUAAUUUUCUUAAAAAUUGUAAGUAGAAUUUCAAUGACCAGUUCUUCUUUUCCUCUUGCCUAAUCCUGCAUGUUGACACUUUUAUCAGUGAUGUGUUUUGCUGAGUAAUCCUGCUUUGCCAUCACAAUUUCAAAUAAUUCACUUACGAAGCCUACCAUCAAUGAGCCUCUGAAUUUGCUGUGUUUUUUUUUAACAAGCUAAAGAAGACAAAGAGAAUCCUAGUCAAUAUCAGCUAGCAUCACAAUUGGUUAUCCCAAGGGAAAUCUUUUAAAAUUUAAUACAAUAAAAUUCAAUGUCCACUCCUGGGUUUUGUUUUAACCAAUUAUGAAUAUAAAGGUCCUUCUUGA